UGUCAUUCACGCCAUACAGUGACUCUGCCUCUGCUUCGGUGAGCCACGCUGGAUGUAUCUCGUAUUCUCUGGAUAAUGUCUUUGCAUCUUGUGCCGAAAUGCUGAGUAGAAAAGUAGCCGGGACGGAGCUGCUGAGCGCGGCUGCGGGUGUGGACCGCGGGCGAGUCGGGGAGAGGCUGCAGGCGGCGCUGGCCGGGCUGCAGGAGCUGCACUUUCUGAGGGAGAAACAGAGCGACAUGGUCCGCUGGGCACUUCGGAUGGACAAGGAGAAGCCAGUCAGCUUUUCUCAUCUAAAUAACAGAGAGUCGGACACGAACACCGAGGAGCAGCGGCUGGAGGCGACGCUCACUGCCCUUAAACAACAACUGACACGUUUGCGCAGGCAGGAUGUUGGACUGAAGACACACCUGCAGCAAUUGGAUCAGCAGAUCAGCGAGCUCAAACUGGACGUGUGUAAAGCUUCUGCUGAACACCUGGAGAGUGACAGCAGACCCAGCUCAGGUUUCUAUGAGCUCAGUGACGGUGGUUUGGGCUCUCUGUCCAACUCCUGUACAUCUGUCUACAGUGAGUGCCUCUCAUCCUCGUCCCAAGCCAGCUUGCUCCCACUCUCCUCAGGUCCCUCAUUUCCCCACAGCCAUAGCACUACAGGGCAGCCUGAUGUGUCCCGUCGACGCUCCGCAGACGAGUCCACAGCUCAGUCGGAUGCUCCUCGAGGGCUGGGAGUGCGACUGGGAAGCAGCGGAAUACGUACAACUUCUGUUAGCUCAGAAAGAGCCAGACAGAGACCUGUCUCAACAGGUGAUCUUGACAGAGUGAUGAGCCCUGGUUUUGGCUACUGUAAGCCUGCUGACGUGAAGACAUCCAACCUUUGCAGUAACCUCUGCAAUCCCACCUUGGACCCCAAAUAUCAAAGCAACCUUGUAUCCCGCAAUGGUACGGAAGUAUAUCGCUACCCUAGCCCCUUGCACGCGGUGGCCCUACAGAGUCCCAUCUUCACUCUUAGUGAAGAUCAGGGAGGGCCCGUGGCCUUUGAGGCCCAAGAGAAUAAGACCCAAAUGGGACUUGCUGAGGACACACUUCCCAAGCACGAGCUACCUGGUCCUACACCUGUAGGUUACAUUGUUAAACUGGUCGAGCGUAGCUCCAGUAGGAUGAACCUCCAGAGCGAGAUCCCUCUUUCUGGUGGUGACGCCCAUGAACUAAUUGGUUCCAAAGCUCAAGAAGUGAACUAUGGACAUGUGAGAGUUGCUGAAGUGCUGGGUACCCUACAACAGAAAACAGUGGUUUUAGAAAAUCAUGUAGUGGCUGGAAAGAAUUCAACACCAAGAAACAUUGGUCAAGAACAAGUGAACCUGUCUGGCUAUAGAUUAGAAGAAUCCAACCAGAUGUGGUAUGUUCAGUGUCCCCCAAAUACCAGGGAUCGCAAAGCAACUGUAGAGAUGUGCCCCAUGACCAAAGUCAGAGAGAAAACUGAGGACAAAAAGCAAAGCAUUCAGUUUGAUCAUAAAAAUAAAGAUGACUUUAAGGCUGCAUCGCUGGUCUCAAAACCUCCAGAAAGAAUCUUGAUCUCCAGCAAUGAGGAGAACAAAAGCAGCGAUGGAGGUCACACUCGUACACAAUCUGAAUUUGUAUGUGCCCAGUUUGUACCGGCAGGGUCUCAGAGGGUGAAGGUGCAUCAGGCAGACAAAAAGACAAAAGCAGUAAAGCUUCGUAAAAGGAAUAAUGAGAAACCUCUGGGUAAGAAGCACCAGCAGAAGCACUGCUUUCGAGAGCAGGAGAAGGACAGAGGGUACAGCGUUAAGGCACAUGUCGAUAAGGAUACAAAGCUGACCAGUGCAGAAAAAGAGAGGAUAGAUGGUCACCUUCGGGAGGCUCGGGUUCGAUCUUGCUCAGAGUCCAGUCUACUAGGAUCUGGUAAUCCUUGUAUUGCUCACCUUCAGUCCCAGACCCAGCAGAAGUCCACCAGGCCCCGGAAGGCCCAGUUACCGGACCUGGGCAACCCUUCCCUUUGCCAACCCAGAAAGAAGCAGAGCUCUCGAAAGUGGCCUUCUGCCUCAGAGAUCCAGCUCCCGCCUGGUGUCUCGACCCACUACCAAAGAUCCAAGGAGGUAUCUUCCCACAGACUCAUGCAAAAGCCAGGCAUGGCGAGAAAUGUUAACAUGAGACCCCACUCGGGUCACUGGGGUGUUGUUCCUCGUCCACUCCAACCCUCUCUGUCGUCUUCUUCCUACUUUAGUGACAUGAACUUCAGGUACCCACCUGCACCUCCUUGCACCCGCUACCCACCAAGGUGCGAGUCAGAGUUCUCAGAGUACUCGGCAGAGUGUGCCUCCCUCUUCCACUCCACCAUUGCAGAGAGUAGCGAGGGAGAGCUGAGCGACUAUACGACCAACCGUUUUGGAGACAGCGAGUCCAGCCUGGAGUCCCGGACUGCCUCUGACUCAGAUAGCAGCCUGUCGCUGGAUGACGACGAUGUUUUAGAGGAGGAGGAAGACGAAGGGGAUCUGGUGUGGGCCGAGGCAGCAGUUGGGCCAACAGCGGCUGGGCUGUCCCUGCAGCAACAUCCUCGACCAGAGCCAGUGGCAUGCCGCAUCAAAGCCUCCAGAGCGCUGAAGAAGAAAAUCCGCCGCUUUCAGCCAGCUUCGCUUAAAGUCAUGACGCUGGUGUAGUCCUCCAACCCACUUUGGAUCAGCUGUUCUCAGUAUUCUCACAGACUCUUUAAAAGGUAGCAGCAGUAGUCCAGGACCAUGAUUAGGAACCACUUCUUUACAUAAUUCAACGAAGUUCUUGGAAAAGUGACUGCUGAUGUUCACUCAUCUUAAAUAUACAGUUACCUUUGUUUAGCCAGUGUAGUGUGUUUUUAGUUGCCAUCUACACCUCAGCUGAGACUGAGAAUGGGCAGCUACUCUUAUACCUUACCACCCAAAGACUACUUUGAUUGCCUAUUAAAGAAAAAAAGGAUGACCCAAAAACGGAAAUGUAUAUGGGACUGUGCAGAAGUCGGAGACCUUCUCUUCAUUUAUUUAAUUUUCAGAUAAAAUGAGUCAGUGAGUACAAGUUAUUCAUUUUCAGGAGAUAUUACUUCUUUGACAAAAACGUCUUUUUGAAAGCAAUUUACUCAAAAAGAAUGGAAGCUAAAGGCAAAGGGGGGACCCGGCACAUACUGAAAAUUCUGAUAUUAUGCUUUGUUGUUGAGGCUGUGUAAUUUUCAGUUAAAUGUUUUCAUAUUUUUUUCUUCCUGAUGCUGAAAAAUGACUAAUGUGUACAUAACUGGAAUGGCUGUUAUGACUGGAAAUUAAAUAGGAUGGUCUCUGAUCUUUGCAUAGGAAUUAUACGUGCAGAAUGUGCAUUGUAAACUAUUUUUUGUUUUCCAAAAGCACCAAAAACUAAUCUUGUAAAAACAUUUCAGUUUUAAUGGACGGUGAUACCUUCUUGUAUUUUGUUCCAAAUCGUUCUUUUGUGUAAUUGUUUUGCACAUUGAUUUCUUGCUAUGCAUCUUAUUCUUUUUGCAAAAUAAACGCUAUUUAAUGCUUAAA